AUGGACUUUGAUACCGACGGUUGUUACAACAUACCAGCCAUCGACGCGGCUGGCAACAUCAAUCCGGGACUCGACCACGAGGACACGGGGCUCGCCGAGGACUGUCACGACCCCUCGGAUCUCAGCAACAACAACGUGUAUUCGCGGACCCGCUGCAACAACGGUUGGUGUUUCUACCUGUACGACUAUUACUUCGAAAAGGACGUGGCAAUAGCCGACUUUCCCCUCGAUCCCGGCCACCGAAACGACUGGGAACACGUCAUCGUCCUGGUUCAGAAUGGGAAGGCCAAGUACGUCGGUGUAUCGCAGCACGGCGAGUACCAGGUCAAGAACGCGAGCGACGUCCGCUGGGACGGUACGCAUCCGAAGGUCGUAUACAAUAAAGAUGGCCUCUCUACGCACGACUUCCGCUUCGCGAACGAGGGCGAUGAUGCGGUUGAGAACGACACGGGCGCCUGGUUCUUCGGUGAUCUGGUGUCGUGGAACGGCUUCCCUACGACGGCACUGCGGGACGAGUUGAUGGCAUAUGACUUUGGAAGCGCAUCGAUCGCUAUCAAGGAUGCGAGCUUCGCGUCGGAACUUGACAAAGCUCGCGGUGACAUGAUUCCCGAAUUCGAUAGCAGCUUGGAUGAUGGUUCGCCGGGGAAUCCGUGA